CCGUGACCUAUCAGUAUUCGUAUUUACAUUUCCUGGCCAAUCAGCGGGUGGUAAAUAUUUCCGUGGAGGCCUUCGAGUCUUAGCAGCGGUAGUUGAGUGUGUGAACGAUUUUACAACGCCAAGGCUUAUUUAACUCCCAAUAAUGCCGUAUGCUAACCAGCCGACGGUGAAAAUCACAGAACUGACAGACGAAAAUGUCAAAUUUGUCAUUGAAAACACUGACUUGGCGGUUGCAAACUCUAUCCGCCGCGUCUUCAUGUCAGAAGUUGCCACUAUAGCAAUUGACUGGAUCCAGAUCGAUGCCAAUUCAUCAGUACUGCACGACGAGUUCAUUGCACACAGAGUUGGUCUCAUACCUCUCACAAGCGAUGACAUUGUGGACAAAAUGCAGUAUUCUAGGGACUGUACCUGUGAUGACUUCUGCCCAGAGUGUUCUGUUGAGUUGACGCUGGACGUGCGAUGCACUGAGGACCAGACGCGGCAUGUCACGUCGCGAGACCUUCUGUCCAACAACCCCAGAGUCAUCCCGGUGACUUCUAGGAGUCGAGACAAUGAUCCCAAUGACUACGUUGAACAAGACGACAUUUUACUGGUGAAGCUGCGUAAAGGUCAGGAACUGCGGCUCAGGGCGUACGCCAAGAAGGGCUUCGGUAAGGAGCACGCCAAGUGGAACCCAACAGCGGGGGUUUCCUUCGAGUACGACCCAGACAACGCACUGAGGCACACAGUCUUCCCACGACCUGAGGAGUGGCCAAAGAGUGAGUACUCAGAGAUUGAGGAGGAUGAGGUUCAGGCUCCCUACGACCCCAACGGGAAACCAGAAAGGUUCUUCUACAACGUGGAGUCGUGCGGCUCCCUGCGACCCGAGACCAUCGUCAUGUCGGCGCUGGCCGUCCUCAAGAAGAAGCUCAGCGACCUGCAGACCCAGCUGAGCCACGAGAUCCAGAGCGACGUGCUCACCAUCAACUGAGGGCUGCAGUCACAGCGCUACCUUUUGGUUUAAAAACACAUCUCUGUUUUUGCAAUGUCUCC